GCGGAUCAAAGAUAUCAAAAACUGGAGGAAUGGUUCAAUGCGAAUAAUCGGAUUCAUUUUGCGUGAACAAACAACAUGGUCUUCAUUCUGGGUGUAAACUUCCCUGAGCGGAACCUCGUCAAGAAAUCCCUCGAAACGUUCUUCGGCAUCGGCAACAAUGUCUCCUCCCGCCUCCUCGCCCGCUUCCACAUCCACCCAACCGCCAAAAUUGGCGAUUUACAGAACCAACAGGUCCUCGAUAUCACAGCUGCAUUGUCCGAAAUGAAGAUUGAGAAUGAUUUGCGACGACAGAUUCUGGACGAUAUCAAACGGUUGAGGGAUACGGGUACAUAUCGUGGUAGAAGGCAUGCGCUGGGUUUGCCGGUUAGAGGACAGAAUACUCGCAGUCAGAUCAAAACGGCGUACAAGCUCAAUUCCGCUGAGAGAAGGCUAUGAAUAUGAUCCCAGUUUUCGGGACAUUAUUUCAUGUAUGUACAGCACGGGAAAGGCGUUUAUUACUUUAAUCGACAUUUGUACAUUAGUUCAUAUAAGUACCUACUAGAAGGGAAAUACCUAUCAUACUUCUCAUAUC